AAAAUACCUUCAUGAGUUGCGUAAUUAUCUUUUAAUAAACAUUUAAUCGGAUGCAUUUUUGGUAUUCGAUUCGAAGUACGUAAACACUUCUACGUAGAGAUAUUUAUUUAAAUAUCACGGAAAAUUAUCGUGAACUUAGUCACUUGCAUAUAUUUUAUAUCAAAACUGAUCGAUUUUCUUUGACACAAACGGGCUUAGGUUAAUUUGAAAACAUCAUUCCUUCUUUAGAAGAAUGAGGCGUAUCCAGCUGUGCGUAUUAAAUCGAUAAAUCCGGUUCAUCAGGUGUGCUUGCGGGCGACAGCUUAAAUUCACAAAAAUUCAUGCAUUUUGUUGCACGUAAAUGUACAAUUCAACUGUAUUCUAUCUGUUUAGAAUAUCUAUAUUAAAAUAUAAGUUAUAAAACACUACGUAUACAUACAUUACACUUCGCUUUUUUUAAUUAUCCUACGAAAUGUCGGAUAUUUCGAACAAACAUGGUUGUACUGCUGAUAGUCCACAGCACGUUUUACAUCAACAAAUUGAAAAGGCACAGCCAUGUCUUGCGACGAAGCUCGAAUGCGAUCGCGGAGACACCGCCGAGAAACCGCCGCUUUAUUUACCUCAGUCCGAGGAUGAAUAUCCGUCAAAACCCGAAAACACAAUGGGACCUCUUGGUCCAUGGGCUACGGGCAAGGUAACCUGUUCUCGCGAGGGUGGAAUAACGGGUUUGAGACCAGUCGCAGAUCGAUACUCCAUCACACGCUACGGACCAAGCGAAUGGCGCGCGCACAAUUUGAGUAUCUUUCAGCAAUCGAAUGAGAGAAUCUGUGAGGCCCAGCUCACGGCUGGGGGUGCGAAGCAAUGCGUGGAGCAAGUGUACGCGGCAGCCGACAAGGCGCAAUCGGAAACGACGGAACAUUUAAAAACACGGGCUAAGGUGGUGUACGGUUGGAAGGCGAACUUAGAACACGCGAUCGCGGCUAUCGCGGAAGAGAUGGAAUUGUUGGAGGCCGAGCGUCGCCGUGUACAGCGAUCUUUAUCGAUACUGACUAUCCCUCUGUCGAUCGCGAGCGAAUUUUUGCAAUUACGCACCUCUCGUUUGGACUGUGAUCUCGUUCGCGAUCCUGUCGAGGAGCAACUCACGAAGGAAAUAGCGCUCUGUACUGAGAUACGGGAUCUACUGAGCAGAAUCCGCGAGCAGAUCGAGAUGCAGAUGGUCGAAUUGAGAUCCGCGAAAAUACGGACGGAGAACGAUUGGUCUGACAAAAUUCAUACUUACAAUCUAGACUCCGUGUGUGUGAAUUUGACUAACGAUUCUCCGCUUCUAUUGUGGAAAGCUGGGGCUACGAGAUUUCCAGCCGAUCAAUCAACUCCCACGAGUUACGAACACUUCACGCGAGAGGUAUUAGCCGAUGGCGAGACUACUAGACAAAGAUCAAUAAAGCUAAGAUCCACCUUGAACGACAUAUAUGCUAAAUCCAUUAAAGAUCUGCACGAUCAAGCGACUCGUGUUGACAUUGCACUUGCAAAAAAUGCGGAACUGACACAAGAUUGCCUUCAGCAACUAGAACAGGAAUUACUUCGCUGCUUGCAUGAACUGGCAGACAUAGAAAAGCUGAUCGAGACACUUAAGUGCUCAACGAAGGGAUUAAACAACGGCAUGAAAUUAGCGCAAACAAGAUUAGAUAAUAGAUUAAAUCGGCGCAAUGUUGAAAGUUGUCGAGAUGCACCUCAAUUUGCCCUUAUUGAAGAAGUGAAAUCACUUGGCAAACAGACCUCUGCCGUAUUAGCAGAAUUAAAACGCGCUGAGGAAUCUCAGGCGGAAUUGGUCAAGGCAAGAGGCACCCUUGAACAUGAAAUAAUGGUAAAACGGAAGACGUUGUAUAUAGACAAGGAACGAGGUCAACUACUGCGUUCGUUCUACCCUUCUGCUACAGAAUCGUCUGGAUUUUAAUAAAUUAAAUAUAUGCACGACGUGUAAUCAGAAAAUUAAAACUGACUCUAUCAAUCAAUUAAUA